AUGUUGCGAGUGAUCCACCCCAUAGCACUGCCAGGCAGGGACCUUUCACUGUUCUAUGGAAGAGCCAGUGCCAUUCUCAUCUGCAUGAGCAAAUCUCCAGAAUCGCACAUGAGUCUCGUUCGGAUGCUGUACAUUUCCAAAAAUUCUUACUGCGGGAUAUCGGGGACUAUCAAGUCAAGGCGAAGCGUACUCGAGCCACCAACCCAGGCCAUCCCCACGAGCGCAGGCCAGGGGUCAUUCGCGCCAUGGCCUAUAGUUUUCUUCCACUCCUCGCCUUGA